AAGCGCGCACGACUCAAGUCCUCACUGCCAUCAUGGCCUCCCCUGUAUCUCCCUCUGCCAUUCCUCCUUCUCACCACCAUCUACUCGUAGCUCUGCAACCCCCCUCGUGACAGCCACCAUGUCCACCGCCGAAAACGCCAAAUCCACCCUCCAACACGCAGAAUCCGCCGUGAUCUCCGAGCUCAAGGAGGCGUCCACCCUCGCCAAGGAUGUCGCACUCAGCGGCGGCUACCUCUAUCCCCUGCACGGCAUCUACUACUUCGCUACCCAUCCCUCCCUCUACCGCUCUGUUGCGCCUGUCAUCUACAAGACGCUGUUGACCUCUGCGGGCGUUACCGCGGGGAUGUUCUUCUUCACGUACCUGCCGCAAGUCGCGUUCUGCGCGAUCUUUUCUGGCCCGUUGGCCUUUGUUGCGGCGGCGGUGAUGGUACUGGGAGAGUCCUAUGCGAUAAUCUUGACGGUGACGAAGACGUUCUUGCUGGGGACGGCGCAGGACAAGUUGUUUGAUGCUGUGCUUGUACAAAAGGGACGCGAACAUCUGGUCGCGAAUGGGAGGGAGAUCAGCACGAGCAGCGGCGGAAUCAAGAAGCUUGGAAAGGUCGUCACUCAGCCGUUGAACCGCUUCAGCAAGGAGGGCUUGUUGCGAUACAUCGUCUCCCUGCCACUGAACUCUCUUCCUGUUGUUGGCACCGUCCUCUUCCUUCUCUACAACGGGCGUAAAGCGGGACCAGCCUUCCACGCGCGUUACUUCCAGCUGAAGAAGUUCAGCACCACUGCACGCACGGCUUUCAUCGAGAGAUAUCGGGCUGCUUACACUGGCUUCGGUGCUGCCGCCCUCGCACUCAACUUAAUUCCUGUCGUCGGUCUGGCAUUCUCGUUCACGACCACGGUCGGCGCUGCACUUUGGGCCGCGGACUUGGAGAAGAAGGAUGGAGGGAGCGCUGCUGCUGAGCCGGAGGUCAAUGAGGUUGAGAUGUAGAUACCAUGAUCUUCUUGGAGGUCCCAUGUACGAUAUCUGUAUGUACCAUACUUCUGCAGGACCACAAAGAGCCGCACAUCGUCAGAAGUGACCAG